AUGGCCUUUUUUCGGGACGUUCAUCAUUUACGGCAGGUUUGCAAGAACUUGACUAACAACUUCACUGACAAGAGGCUCCAGGACUUUUUUUUUCACCGCUCUUAUCGCCUUUGGUUUAACGAUCCUACUCAGUAUGUAUAUUACUUCCUCGGUUACUGCACUAUCGGCGUGACUUUGGUCAUGUCGUUUCACCACUUGAUGGGAAACCCCGAUGUGACUGGGAGGACUAGGCAUUUGAGGAACCAGGUUCCCGACCGACACAUGCUUCACGCCCAUUCGAUACCUUUCUUCAAUCACGCUCUAAGGAACUACUCUCAGAGAUUCACUGCUUCCCUGGUCGACAAUGAGCACGACUAUGCCAAGGACAUGCCCUACGCAUUUCGACAAACUCGUGAGAAGCACUAUGGGAGAUUCCCAUUCAUCUACAGUGCUCCUAGGUACUUUGUGGACACUCCUGAGUAUGAGAACACUCUUCACGACAACGUGGAGAAGCGCUACAGGGACAUGGGCUACUACAAUUUUUAA